AUUUAGCACUUAGAUGUUCACAUCAGCCAUCCUUAACAUCCUCAACUCAAAAUGAAGGGGAUUCCUUUGUCAUCUGCAGGCGAUGCCGAUGAUGCCGAUGAUGCCGAUGACGUCCGCAUCGCCCUCGCGAAAUGGAAACGGAGAUACUACACCCUAGCAACCCUCUACAUCCUCACCAUCCUUCUCGUCGUGGCGUAUAUCCCAAUGUCUGAUAGCCCACCGACUGGGGCGGUCCGCUCGGAGGCUUAUUUUGGAAAUAUACCGAAGGAGAUGGUCAGAUUCAGGCUGGACGAGGCGUUUGUCCAUGCAGGGUCGGGGACACCAGGGAACCGGUCAGUGUGGAACAUGUUGUUUCCGCUUGGCGCGGGGUUCGUAGAGGUUCAGAAACCGUGGAACUACGGUCUAAGGGGGGGGGUUCCGGUCCCAAACACCGAGGAGGCGACAGAGAUAUACUCCAUCUCAAUGUUCCAUCAGAUCCAUUGCCUGUCAAUACUCAAGGACGCCUUCGGUCGCGACAGAGACGUGAGCGAACACCAAGCGGCGGAAAGUAACUUGGGUCACUGCUUCGACUAUCUGCGUCAGGCGAUCAUGUGUACGGGCGAUACAACGCUGGAAACGGCACUGGUGAACGCUGACGAUGUGAUAUCUGGUUUCGAUGGAUGGGGCGUUCUACACGAGUGUCGGAGCUAUGAGGCGAUAUUUGAUUUUGCGGAGGCGCAUCGGAUGAAAGAUGACACUUGUCUUAUGUAG